AUGUUUGAAAACAGCAUAGAAAAUUCCGCAACACCAUUCUCUGAGAAGUCGCUGGAAAUCAAUGCCAAAAACCAUCGCUAUCCAUAUUGUGUUGUGUGGACUCCUCUACCUUUGAUAUCUUGGUUUUUUCCCGUAAUUGGGCAUUUGGGUAUUUCAACCAGCAGAGGAGUUGUAAGAGAUUUCGGGGGGAGUUAUUAUGUUGCUGAUGAUAAGAUGACUUUUGGUUGGCCAACAAAAACAUGGCAAUUGGACGUAUCGAAAGUCAUUGGAGGGGAUGAAGUUUAUGAUAAAGCUGUUAAAGAAGCUUCUGAUGAGUAUCGUUCCCACAUGCAUAAUAUCUUCUGUGAUAAUUGCCAUUCACAUGUGGCAUUGGCUUUGAAUAAUAUGAAAUACGACGGAAAAACAAAUUGGAAUAUGGUCAAUCUCGCUUGGUAUAUAACCGUUCAUGGGAAAUACAUCGGAACUCAAGGCUUCCUGAAACAGUGGGGACCUCUUCUUGUUCUUGGCGGCAUUUUUCUGAUAAUUGUCUUGUUAGCUAAACUUGGCUGA